AUGAAAAAACAAUUGAUGUUCACCUACGCUGUGACAUUAUGCUGCGUUCUGAGGUGGUUAAAUCAAGCAAAUGUGGCAUGUGCCAUAAACAACGAGGUUUCAUUAGACGAUUUGGAUGGAAACACGCUUCUAGCCUUCUUCUUGCUGGUACAGCUGAACAUACCAUAUUUUUUGAAGGGCUUUUCACAAAAAAUAAUAUAUGAAAAAUUACUUGAUGGUCUAAUACAUUUAUUCAAUGAAGAAAUUGGAAAAAAUAAAAUUAUAAAAGAGCAAAAAGGAUUUGACCUUCAGGAUGUUAGAAGCACCGUCGUUGGGUUGGGAAACAUCUUAACAGACAUAAGAAGAAAAGAGAUCAAAUAUUUUACCUGGAUCGAUUUAAUUUUUAAAGAAUGCUGGAAUGAACAAAACAACUGUGCAGCAUUAACCACAAGGAGGUGUGCUCUAUCGUCCCUAAGCAUGCUUCCAAAAAAAGUCUUACCAAUAACAUGCACCACUUGUAUACUGUAUGCUCUAAAUUAUGCCCUACAUUCGAAGUAUUUAUUUAAUAGUAUUAACCGUGAGCAAGUGUGUAAUGAUGAGAAUAAUAAAAAGUUGGUCGCUAUAAGUACGGACAUAAGUUACGUAAGAGAGUAUAGUGUGUAUCUCAAUAGCUUAUCAACCAUAUCAGCAUUAAAAAAUAUACAAAGUGAAAUUUUUGUUUUUCAUAUAAAAAGUGCUAAGGUAUUAAUUAAUUUGUUAAAACAAAAUAAUCUUGAAGCGUUUACACGUAUUGUGAAUAAUUCCCUGUCUGAAGUUAUAAAAAAAAGUGCUGACCUGUACAUAAAAUAUUCACAAAGUAAUAAUUUUUUUUUACCAAAUGGUAGUAGUGGUAGUAGUGGUAGUAUCAGUAACAGCAGCAGUGGUAGUGCUCUCACCAGAGAAGCACUUGAAAAAUUGUUUGUGCUAACAGUUAAUGGAUAUGCAUAUUAUGAUAAAGCAAGUAAUGAAAUAUUGCGUGCUCACGAUUUUGGCUUAUUUUUUACAGAAUUUUAUUUAAAAAAAUGCACUUCUUUAUUAACGGGCAAUAAUUUAUUUCUUCAAAUUGAAAUAGGAUAUUCCCCUGAAUUUAAUAUUAAAUCUCUUCAAAAUGGAAGUUUCAUAAACUUAGUUGAAUUCGAGUUUAUCUUAAAUCCGUACCUACGUAUAGGUCCAAAUGAUUACUCCAAAUCAGAUUUAUUUUUAAAAAAAUUAAUUUACAUGAACGAUAAAGACGGAAGUAGCAAUGUGUUUACGUAUGACGAAUUUGCCAGGGAUAUUGACGUAGCUGAAAAUUUGCUCCCUUAUGACGCGCAUAAACCCAAGGGGGUUGUAAGCGAUGAUAGUAGUGGUAAUAGCCGUGGAAGUGGAAAUCCUUUUUUGCGGAGUUCUCCCCCGGAAGAAAGAAAAAGCGAAGAGAAUUCUAAAAAGAAAAAUCUGGAAUUAACCAAGGAUCAAACCAUUUUUUGCAUUUUGAUGGUCAAAAUAUUGCCAGAAAAUAAAUAUACUCAAAUGAAAGAGAGCAUUAUUAAUCUCCUAUCUGAACCAGUUAAUUCGAGAGCAUUAGAAGGAUUUAAGUAUAAUGACAAUAAAUUAAUAAAUAAGGAGCUUAUUGAAAUAUUAGGGGAAAGCUAUAAUAAUCCUUAUACCAAUAUAAAAAGGAGAACAAAUCACUUCGGAUAUAGAAUAAAUAAAAGUGAUAUUCAUUCUAUAGAAAAAAUAAUACUCGAUGGACACAAGUUAGUUCAAAUAGCUUUUCAUAAUUUUAUUUCUAUACCUUUAAAUAUGAGAAAAAAAAUUUAUUCAGCAAAUCAGAUGUUUUCUUUGUUUGAACACAGAUAUCAUUAUCUUAAUGGUUGGGACACACAAAUAUUAUUUAUUAAAAAAAUACAUCCAGAAGAUAUUAUUGAAAAAAGUUUUACCGUUUAUUCUAAUGAUAAAAGUAAUAAUCAUUUUUGGUUCAUCAUAUGCUGCGGUAUUAUUUCUCUAUUUAUUAUUAUAGUAUGUUUCAUUUUUUACAAAUAUAUAUUCCAAAAAAAAUUUAAUUUCUCCUUGCUUUUUAAGAAAAGGAAAACUAAAAAACAUAAAUAUAGUACUUUUACUACUCGAUACAAGUACCAUAAACAUAAUUCCAAAUUUGCAAAAUAUUCCAAAGAGAAAAUACAACAUGUGGAUAAAGAGGAAUUACGUCAUUUAAUAAGGAGAAAGACAAAAUUUAGCGCUAAGCACCACAGGAGAUCAAAAAAGAAAAAUACAGCCACACACAAUGAAAUGUCCAAAAAAAAGGAUCACCCCCCAAGUAGGGAUUAUUUUUUGGAAGAAAUUACACCAAAUUAUGAAUUCAAGUAG